UGCGGCUCAAGCUCAACUCAUCAACAAACUCUGUCAGACUCUGUCAAUCAUCGAUUCCCGAUGUCAGCCUCCAAGCUCGAGAAGAACAUUGCCAACCUAGAGCGGCGCAUGCGCGAGGAGUUCCACUUGAAGUUAGAGGAGGCGCUGCGUCCUUGUCUUGAACGCUUGGAGGCUCUGGAAGACAAGCUGUCCGGGAAUCCUGUGGAGCAGAGCAAUGUGCAGAUUGCUGAGAAGUCGCCCCAGGUGAAGAAAAUGCUGGGAGAUCCGGUGGUUCCCAAACCAGAUGAAUCGGACCUCGAUGAGCCGGAAUCCGAUGCUUCGAAGAUUGUCCCGGCUGUAGAACUUCAGGUGAAAGGCGAACCUGCUGAUGAUGCCAUGGAACCUGUGGCUUUUUUAGAGACAACUUGGAAUUUGGUCUUGGUGCUGGGUCAUGCAGGUGUAGGCUGGAUCGAUGUUCUGAUUGCUUGGCUACUCCUUUUUGCGAGUGCUGGCAUGCAGAUCAGCUUUGUUGGGAUUAUCCUCAAUCCUUUUUUUCUGGGAGAGCCGUUUGAUGAUAGGCAGAUUGAAACAGCAGAAAACUGGCGUCGAAGUGUGGCGCAUGAUCAUACAUAUCUGGAUUUAGCACAGACCAGUCUAACCGCACGGGUUUGCAAUGGUGAUGGCUCACUCAUUAUUUCCACUGAUCAAGCUGCGCUCAUUCAGCAGAUCAACAAUUUUCUGGGCCUCAAACCGCAUGAGCUGGAAGCUACUGGAUUUCGAUAUGGCAUUUUAAUGGCGAUGCUUUGCAUCUUGUUGUGGUGCCUCUACCUUUGCAAUGAGUUUCGCUUAAUUUUCCUCUCGUUGGAAGCAGUGGCUCAAAUUCCAAGAUCGAAGACAACUGAAAUCCAUGAUGGUCGUUUCAAGACCAUUUCACAUGCCCGGUUUUGGACCUACUGCCUUCUGCGGUUCUUACGUGCAUGCAUUGCUGCAGCAUUGUUAUAUGCUGGUGUGUUGUGGCUUGGGUACACCACAUCAAUUUCCGAUUUGAUUUUAAACGCGGUCGCCCUCGGGGCAAUUCUGGAAGUGGAUGAAAUGGUCUUUAGCGCUCUGAUGCCCAAGAAGUUGCAGCUGAAGGUUCAAGACCUCGAGGCCAUUAAGGUUCAGUAUGGUCGCAUGCGCAGUCAAGUGGAAUCCCUCUGCAUUCUGGCGAUUUUGGGUGGACUGCUGGCUUGGCCUUGGUUUACCAUCGUAGAUCCCUUGGGGAAAACCAUGGAGCUGGUGAAGCAAGCUCAUUGCGGUGGCCAUCAAGAUUUUGUGGUUGGCCUAAAUGAAGAUCAAAAGAUGACUGUUGGCUUCAUGUCAGUUCCCUUCGAAAACAGUACUGGCCAAACAUUGACACAGCUGGCCAUUGACGACUUUAUAUGGCGAGAGGAUGAGUCGCCUGCAACAUACAUUACGUUCCAUCGCGACAUUCGUCGCUUCCAAAGAUAUCGAACGCAACCCAUGAAGGAAGCAUCCAUGGAACACUCGUGGUGUGCUGACUUUGAUGGCUUUUUUGCGGAUGGAAACAAUGCAUUCUCAGAAUUCUCAGAUAUUGCCGAUUACUACAGACCGUAUUUGAUGUCCGCGCGGCUGGGUCUCGGUUUCACCGACAAUGCUUCAUGUGUAAGUAUGCAGCACAAGUGUGACGAUGAGGACGCGCAACUUCUGCGCUAUGUCUGUGGCAGAACGUGCUGCACGGAUCCACUACGAAGCCCUUGGUACAAAGUCCCCCAGAAAGGAUGUCCAGCAGCAUGCCUCGCAGAUGCUGCUCGUGGGGUCAGUGGAACUGUUUGUCAGGAAUCCAACAUCACCAUGAAUCCAACCUGGCACAAGUUUUGGGAUCACUAUCCCCAGGUGCUUUCCGCAGAACUGGGACUUGAUCUUGCUGACAAUUCCUCAAAUUCUGUAGCUGCGCGUGUGCUGGAGAUGGUGAAUGUCUUCAAGACCUACGGCUGCCCUGCUUUGAACAUUUCAAGAUAUAGCAUGGAGGUGGUGAUGUCGACCAAGUGGUGUGCGGGGUACGAGGAACUCCAGGCCCCGUUGGCUCCGUUUUGCCCUGUGACCUGUGGCUGCACGAAUCUCACAGAUCCAUCGCAAGCUCCAGCAGGGUGCCCUGAGUAUUGCAAUGCACCUUGCGAGGACCAAACCUUCCCACCGAUCAACGAAGAAGUGGCCAAUUGUGCUGAUGGAGCAGCGCUAGGAUGGUGUGUGGCUGAUGAGUGGGUCCAGGUUUGCCCCAAGACUUGUGGAGCUUGUGGAGCUUAGAAUUCUUGAAACAUCUUGAAACUGUGCAAUCCCAAAGGGAUGACUGUCCAAUGACUCCAUGAGUGGAAAAAA